UGCAGCGCGGGCGGGAGGUGUCGCAGAGAGGAGCCAGCCAGACGGGCCGGGACUCCUGCAGUUCCCAGGAAAGGGUCUGCCCUAAAGCAGACUGGAAUGAACCACAGAAUCCUAUGAUUCUCUACAAGUGACGCAAGAGGACGUCGGCAGAGGGUUCUCUCUCAGCCAGAUCUGUGAGAGUGAUUUCCCAGCGAUUGCUUUGGCCCGUACAACCAGAGAACCGGAUUCUUCUCUUCUUUUUUGGCCAAUAAAUGCCUCUGUGCACCACACUUUCUAGUGAGGGAAGAAGAGUGGAGCUUCUUGGAUGACGAUGGACAUUCCACAGGGCAGGAUGAAGGCAGAGUGUGUGACAUCAACACCACAAGGGCCCAGCGUAAACUCCCUCGUCUCGCUUCCCAGCCAGCUCUCCGCCGCCUGUAUCCACCAUGGUGUUUGGUGAGUUUUUCCAUCGCCCUGGACAAGACGAGGAACUUGUCAACUUGAACGUGGGGGGCUUUAAGCAGUCCGUCGACCAGAGCACCCUCCUGCGCUUUCCUCACACCCGACUCGGGAAGCUGCUCAGCUGCCACUCGGAAGAGGCCAUCCUGGAACUGUGUGAUGACUACAGCGUGGCCGAUAAGGAGUACUAUUUUGAUCGGAACCCCUCCCUGUUCAGAUACGUUUUGAACUUUUAUUACACGGGGAAGCUGCAUGUCAUGGAGGAGCUGUGCGUGUUCUCCUUCUGCCAGGAGAUCGAGUACUGGGGCAUCAAUGAGCUCUUCCUCGAUUCCUGCUGCAGUAAUCGCUACCAGGAGCGCAAGGAGGAAAACCACGAGAAGGAUUGGGACCAGAAAAGCAAUGAUGUGAGUACUGACUCCUCAUUCGAAGAGUCGUCUCUGUUUGAGAAGGAGCUGGAGAGGUUUGACAAGCUGCGAUUCGGCCAGCUCCGGAAGAAGAUCUGGAUUCGGAUGGAAAACCCAGCCUACUGCCUGUCGGCCAAGCUCAUUGCCAUCUCCUCCCUCAGCGUGGUGCUGGCCUCCAUCGUGGCCAUGUGCGUGCACAGCAUGUCCGAGUUCCAGAACGAGGACGGGGAGGUGGACGACCCCGUGCUGGAAGGCGUGGAGGUCGCGUGCAUCGCUUGGUUCACUGUCGAGCUGGCCAUCCGGCUGCUUGCUGCUCCCUGUCAAAAGAAAUUCUGGAAAAACCCUCUGAACAUAAUCGACUUUGUCUCCAUUAUUCCCUUUUAUGCCACGUUGGCUGUAGACACCAAGGAGGAAGAGAGUGAGGACAUUGAGAACGUGGGCAAGGUGGUCCAGAUCCUCAGGCUCAUGAGGAUUUUCCGCAUCCUCAAGCUUGCCCGGCACUCAGUAGGACUUCGGUCUCUCGGUGCCACACUGAGGCAUAGCUACCACGAGGUUGGGCUGCUCCUUCUCUUCCUAUCGGUGGGCAUUUCCAUCUUUUCUGUGCUUAUCUACUCUGUGGAGAAAGAUGACCACACGUCCAGCCUCACCAGCAUCCCUGUCUGUUGGUGGUGGGCCACCAUCAGCAUGACGACCGUGGGCUACGGAGACACCCACCCAGUCACCUUGGCCGGGAAGCUUAUCGCCAGCACGUGCAUCAUCUGUGGCAUCUUGGUGGUGGCUCUUCCCAUCACCAUUAUCUUCAAUAAGUUUUCCAAGUACUACCAGAAGCAAAAGGACAUUGAUGUGGACCAGUGUAGUGAGGACCCACCAGAGAAGUGUCAUGAGCUCCCUUACUUUAACAUUAGGGACAUUUAUGCCCAGCGGAUGCACGCCUUCAUCACCAGUCUCUCUUCUGUGGGCAUCGUGGUGAGCGACCCCGAUUCCACAGAUGCUUCAAGCAUCGAAGACAAUGAGGAUGUUUGUAACACGGCAUCCUUGGAGAAUUGCACAGCAAAAUGAGCAGGGACGUUUGUGCCUGUAUCUCAUGCCCCUUCCCGAUGUUAGGUUAACACAGCUUUAUAAACCUCAAUAGGUUCGUUAAAAUCAUUUAAUUCUCAGGGUGUACUUUUCAGCCAUAGUUGGACAUUUCAUUGCUCUGAAAUGAUAGAAACGUCUUUAUUUUUCUCAGUGAGGCCAAUUAAAUGCCUUGCUCUGAAACUUAUUUUUUACAAGAGAGAGUUGUGAUAUGAUUUUUGGAAAAAAAAAAAAGGUAAUUGGGUGGGAUUUCUUGCUACGGCGUAUGUAUCAUUUUGUGUUUAUCAUUUACUCACAUUGAGCUAACUGUCAAUUACUGACAAGUAGAAUCAAAGGCCCAGCUGACUGAAGACUACAUGCAUGUAAGAUCCACAAAAUGAGACAAUGCAUGUCAAUCCAUGUUCACGCUCUAGACAUGGACAUUAGGAGCCUAAUA